AUGGCGAAACGCUUUAACAUCCGCGCUUUCUGUCGGGAGCCCAGUGUUCGAGCCACUCAGGGGGCCGUGGAACUACGCUUUGCCAGCCUAGACUCGAACCGUCCCCUGCCCCAAAAGAUGGCUAAACUCAAGUCCACGGUCUUGUCAGCGGAUGCCACGGAGCACUGCAUCGUCCAACGCCCCCUCUCGAACGGCACAGAAUUCGUUUUCUCAAUUUUCCUGCCCGACGCUGGUGAGUACGGUUUAGAGAUCUACGUCACCGACCCCCAAAUAGAUGGCAGUACUCCUUGCGUAGUGAGUGCUGCUUAUAAUUAUUCGUUGGAUGACCCUCUUGCCCUUCCAAGCUAUUUCCCCUCCCGCGUUUAA